CACAGCUGCCCCUGCGGAUGUCCAGUGAUUUGAUGUUGUGCUGAUGUAGCGCUGGUCAGGGGCUGAAGUUGAAGUCUUGCUCUUGAAGGUGUGAGCUCCAAAUGCAUUCGCUCCUGGGCCGGGAAAAGAAAGAAGAAGAAGCCGGGUUUGGGAUCGAGCUGGGUCUGUCUCCGGGCUUUUUGCCCCACGCUGCCACCAUGUUCAGCUGUGUGGGCUGCUUCUGGGUGCUCCUCUCCUCCGCUCUGGUCGCCGUCUGCAGUUUCAGCUUCAUAUCUCCUGCCUGGAUUGUUAAGGACCAGCUGAGGAACAGCCACCACCAGCAGCACCACCCCCACCACCACAACAAGGACUCUGUGAGCUUCGGCUUGCUGUGGCACUGCUCGGAGUCUCUGGACCACAUGUACCGAUGCUACACCUUCGGGGGACUGGGUAAAUUUGCAGAGAUCCCCUCCAGCUCCUGGCAGACCAGUGCAGUGCUGUGUUCUGGCGGCUGUGCUCUGCUGGCUGUCAGCUCCCUGUUGGCCAUCAUCACCAUCUUCCUGCCCAGCGGAGGAUGUGAGAGGAGGAUCUGCACCCUGGCUGGAUACAUGCAGAUGGCUGCAGUGUUCAUCAUGGCCGCCGGACUGCUGGUCUACCCCUUCGGCCUCAACUCCUCACUCGUCAGGUCCUUCUGCGGGGACUCUGACAUCUACUACGCCGGCGAGUGCCAGAUCGGCUGGGGCUACAUGCUGGCUAUUGUCGGAGUCAUGCUCACCGUCUUCUUGCCCUUUUUUGCCAAAUAUGCACCGAAGGAGCAGCUGUCCCCCACCCCUCUGCCCACGCUGUUAUAGUGCAUUGAAAUCUUGUUUUUUUUCCCCCUCCUGAC